AGACUGACCUCUGAGUGUUUUAGCACUUACCGACACCUUGUGAUGCUCCUAUGUGUGAAAUCAGAGAAACGAUGGAGGACAUAGACGCCAUGUUCAGUCAGUUGCUCGGUGAGAUUGACCAUCUCAGCCUGAGUUUAUCACCACCAGUGGAUUCACCGGACGUGGAUCCUGAUUCACAAAGACAAAACACCUUCUCUGUCAGCUUCACAGACCUGAAUGAGUCUCUUAAUGAACUGGAGGACCACGACCUGGAUGCCCUGGUGGCUGACCUGGCAUCAAACGUAGCCCCGCAAGAUCUUCCCACUUAUCAGCAGAACAGCAGCUUCACAGAAAACCAAACUGCACCACCUGCCACAACUCAGCCUGCAGUGGCUGCUUCACCAAAUACUGCGGAGAUAUCAGCAGUGCCACAUAGGCGUGAACCUCAAACAAAGGCAGAGAAAAUUAAAUUGGCUCUGGAAAAGCUGAAAGAAGCUAAAGUGAGGAAGUUGAUAGUGAAGGUGAUGAUGGGUGAUGGCAGCUCCAAGACUCUCAUGGUGGACGAGAGAGAAACGGUGCGAGAGGUUCUGGACAAACUGUUUGAAAAGACACACUGUGACCGCAACGUCGACUGGAGUCUGUGUGAGGCCAAUCCCGAGCUGCAGAUAGACAGAUGCUUCGAGGACCAUGAAAGUUUAGUGGAGCUGCUGUCUGCGUGGACUCGCCACAGCCCAAACAAGAUUUAUUUCGUGUCAAGGCCUCAGAAGUACGUGAUGUUCACAGAGCCACAGUUAUUUUACAUGUGGGAGGAGAAGAGGACAGUUGUGAGUCAAUUUAAUGAGCAAGCCAAACAACUCCUGCUCAAGGAGCAUUUUGAGGGUUCUACUGUGUUAGUUCCUGAUCUUGAGGGAACGAUGUUCUUGAAGGAAGACGGGAAGAAGGUUUGGAAACCUCGAUACUUCACACUCAGGGCCUCUGGUAUUUACUAUGUACCAAAGGGAAAAACUAAGUCUUCCAGUGAUCUUGCCUGUUUUGUCCGUUUUGAUAAAGUCAGCGUCUACGCCACAAACAACUACAAACAGAUAUACAGAGCUCCCACCAACUUCUGCUUCCUGCUUAAGCAUCCCUGUAUCCAGAAAGAGUCUCCUUACAUCAAGUUCCUGUGUUGUGACAGUGAACGCACACUGUUGCUGUGGGUCAACUCCAUCCGAAUAGCCAAGUAUGGGACGGAUCUGUAUAAGAACUACCGAGCCGCAGAGAAGAGAGUGUCCACUCAGCAAGAUGUCCACUUUGCAGGACACACAGACAAACCUAAAAGCCACAGAACUGGGAUCAGUUUACAACCAGCAGCAUCAUCAUCUACAGACACAGAUGUUAUAGACUAUCCUCCAGAGUCACCACCUACCUUCAUUCCUCUUCCUCCUCCUCCUCCUCCUCCUCCUCCUCCUCCUGGCUACACACCUAUAUAAAGCACAUCCUCACCUUUUUCUGUCUCUGUUUUAAAACUUCAGAUGUCCUAGAUUUAAUCCCCACUGCUUAUUAUUCUGGAUAAAAACCAAUAAUGAGCAAUCUGAAAUGGACAAACAUGUAAUCGUACACAAGUGUUACCAUGCCUGAUACAAAAACUAACAACAUUUUUGGUUAUUUAAUUAUAUUUAUUUGUGCUUUGUAUGUUCGUAUGUUUAUUUCCAAGCACAAUAAGAAAAAAAAAGUCAGUUCUGUUUGUUGUUUCAGCUGUUUAUUACAAAAAGACUGUACAUAAAUUUAAAUGAACACAUCCUAUGUACAAAUUGAGAAGACAAAGAUUGAAUUUUGUUCACAUGAACAUUGAAGUUACUGAGCUUGUUGUUUUUUAGUUAUUUUUUUGCCCACUUUUGCUCAUAAGAAAACACACAUCAAAUAAAGGCGCCUUGACCUGUGAUGCCCUGAAAUGCAAGACGUUACAUGGUAAACAUUACAAAGUUCUGCACAUCAGUGGUUGUCUCGUUUCUCUAUGAAAGAAGUAUAAAUAAACCCUUGUACAUACAAACUGCCAACAGACCUUCCUCAGCAGUCUCAGACGUAAGAACGAGUCGAAUGCAACGCUAGAAAUACAUUUAAGUAGAAAAAGUUUUCUCACCAAAACAAAAAAAAAUGACCUCAUAUGAUGGA